AAGCAGCCGCGGACAAUAACUGACAAGUAACCGGUCAGCUAGUCCAGCCGUUCUGGCUGCGAAAAACCGCGUUUCUUUCUCGCGAUUCGUAGUUACGUUCCACGUUUCAAAGUGUAACGUACACGGCGUGUCCGCGAAAAUGUGAGCAACUCCCUUGCGAAAUGGAUGAAACGUGAACAGUGUAGUGCGAACAGAAAAGAGAAAUGGAUUUAGUGUUACUAGUGAACUCGAAAAAGUUCUACGAUGAUCGCAUAACUAACCGAUAGUGAACGCCUGUGGAAAGAGUCGGGCAAUCGGUGAGUGUCGAGCAGUGAUCGAUGGAUCGACUUUUCCAGAAAAGUGGCGGAGCGCGAAGUGCCGGAGGAAAUUAAGGUCUCAAAUGUGCGGCAAGAGAGUGAGAGAGAGAUUACAAUAAGCCGUCGCAACGUAGGAAACAGCUGCCUUUGCGGAAUGUUAAUUUAGUGAUUGAAGCCGCGAGUGUACUGAUUUGACAUAACUACGACCAACGGGAAAACGAAACAAAAAAGUGGAUAAGAAAAAGGAGAAAAUGCGAAACGGCGGUCAACAGCAGCAAACGGCGGUAAUGGCGCCGCCGCAUCUGAACGGGUCCGCGCAAUUCGUUUCCGGCGGUUACGUCGGCUACGUAUCGCGCCAAUCAUGGGGCCAAUUUCAAGGGCCGCAGCAUCCGAGGAACACGGCCAGGCCUCUGUCGCAUCCACCCCCGCCGCCCUCGAGACGGGAGAGCCAAAGACCCCCUGGCAAUCCUAAGAAUACGUCCCUUCCGCAUCCUAAGCCGGGAAUGCAUAGAAGCACCACCCCCUCGAAGGUGGACCCCGAGCUGAUAUUCACGAAACAAGAACGAAUUGGGAAGGGUAGUUUCGGAGAAGUGUUCAAAGGUAUCGACAAUAGGACCCAGCAGGUGGUUGCCAUCAAGAUCAUCGAUCUCGAGGAGGCGGAAGAUGAGAUCGAGGAUAUACAGCAAGAGAUUAUGGUGCUGUCACAGUGCGACAGCCCGUAUGUCACUAAAUAUUACGGGUCUUAUCUCAAGGGAACGAAACUAUGGAUUAUUAUGGAGUACUUGGGUGGCGGCUCGGCCCUGGACUUGAUGAAGGCCGGUAGCUUCGAGGAAAUGCACAUCGCAGUGAUAUUGCGUGAGGUGCUCAAAGGGCUGGAUUAUCUUCACAGUGAACGGAAACUUCAUCGCGAUAUUAAAGCGGCGAACGUUCUGCUCAGCGAAAUGGGUGACGUUAAAUUAGCCGACUUUGGUGUCGCCGGACAGUUGACCAACACGACCAGCAAACGGAACACUUUCGUCGGUACACCAUUCUGGAUGGCACCCGAAGUCAUCAAGCAAGCUUCCUACGAUUCCAAGGCUGACAUUUGGUCGCUGGGCAUUACGGCGAUCGAAUUGGCUAAGGGAGAGCCGCCAAACAGUGAGCUGCAUCCCAUGAGGGUCCUGUUUCUCAUACCGAAGAACAAUCCACCCCAACUAACCGGAAAUUACACGAAGCAGUUCAAGGAAUUCGUCGAAGCCUGUCUCAACAAGGACCCCGAAAACAGGCCAACAGCGAAAGAGCUGUUAAAGUUCCAGUUCAUCAGGAAAGCGAAGAAGAACUCGUACUUGAUCGAUCUCAUAGACCGAUACAAAAAGUGGAAGUCACAGCGCAGCGAGGAAUCCGAAACAGAGAGUGAAAAUUCGGACUCGGAGGAAUCUAAGCAGGAUAGCGACAUGGACGAGCCGUGGAUAAUGACCGUGAAGGGUCCGCACGGGGUAAAGGGUUCUGUGGUACCGAUGCUACCGCUCGAUGAGCAACCGACCUCGUUGACUAUCACACACACGCCGAACCAUAGAUCCACGAAUCACAAUCAACAGGCGAAGCCUCAUGCGAACGGUGCCUCGAGAUCUCCGCCGAAGGAUUCCACGCUGAAUCACUUGAGAAGUGAGUCGAGAGACUCGGUACGCGAUGGUCAAGCUAAGCAUACACCGUCCCGACCACACGAGGCCGCGCCACCGCCGCCCGUGGAUACACGAGAAAAGCGAGAGGACCGAGAUUACCGGGACUUCAAUCGAGAUUCCUCAUUAAGGGAGUUGAAGGAAAUGCGCGAUAGUAGGGAAAGCAGAGAUGGACGAGACCGAGAAGGACGGGAAAGGGAAAGAGAGAGAGAAAGGGACAGAGACAGGGACAGAGAACGAGUGUUCACCGCGAAGGUGAAGAUGAAUAGUAGUAAACCGGAAGUACCUGUCGUGCCUAUGGUGGAUCAUAGGCCGGGUGAAGAGAAACAGCGACCAAGGAGUUCGCAGGAACUGAAGCAUCCGUGGAGCGCGGCUCUUUCCAGUGUCCUUUUACCUUUACUUUCCGAGCUUCAACGGAAACAUCAAUAUUCGGCAAGAGACAAUAAUGGCGAGGGCGGAAGCGGCAUCGGUAAGAACAGUGGAGCGAUAGAAGAGCUACGUAACGCUUUCGAAACAGCGGAGCGUACUUCACCGGGAAUGACCGAAGCCCUUAUUAGGGAAAUCCUCAAGUCCUUACUUCCUACUAAUCACUCAGAGGGUCGUUUGUCUAUGUUGUUGGAAAAAGUGAUCCUGAGGGAUACGUAGGGACGCGAGAGAGCGAGGGUUCGCAAGAGAUUGUGGUCCGAAAACAUCCUGACGUUGUAACGAUUCGUUAUUUCUCGUUUAUCAGAGUUAUUAAUCUGUGUGAUGCUGGUACGUUGUUGAAAAUUGCCGGAUCCGAAAGUGAGAGAAAAGUAGAAGGAAGAUCGCCGCUGCAACGGCCCGAAUAUUUUCUUUCCCUUCAAUGCGCAAGAAUUAGACUCGACACAAGAAAGCGUGUCAUACUUUUAUCUAAUUAUCCCGUAACCUUGCUAAUUCAAUGCGAACAUAGAUAGAGAGAUGCGAUAUUAUAGCGAUGUUUUGCCGCGUGAAAUUCAUUCAUUUUAAGAGCGAUAAUAUCUUUUUUUAUGUUCAAAGAAAAAAUUAGAAAUUUACCUAUCACAGUAAAAAAAAAGGAAGGAAAUUAUACCAUCCAAUCACCCUCGCGCAAGGAUGACAGUUACCGUUAACUUUUAAAAAGAUAUUAGUCCCCUGUCGUUGAGAAAAGUUAGUAUUUGGAAAAAUUAAGUAAAAAAACGAGCAAGAAAAAUGUAGGAGAUAGUUGAAAGAUAUUUUUGCAAAUCAUGCAACCAGCCGUUCAGGAUUGUACGUUCUUUGUGUUCGGUACCGAUGCAACCUCAAAGAGCGUAUGACAUAGCGUAGGUACAUCCGUGGUCCGAUGGAUGGUGAAGGGGUAUUCGUUGAAAGGGAUCUUGCCUCAAUGUAGAUACGUCCGGAACAUGCACUAUCAAUUAUCAAUUAUCAAUUUUAUUUGAAUAACGUUCCAAAUCACAGUUUCGUUCAGACGAAUCAUCGAAUUGUACGAGGAUCGUGAUUUCCAGCAGAUAAUAAUUAAAAAAUAUUUAUUUUAACCGGAUAAUUAUGUUGAAAAAGAAAAAAAGACAAGAAAAACAGAAGAAGAAUCCGCAUUAUUAGAAAGAAGCAGAGCUCCCCUUUAAAUGAACGCCUUCCCGUUGCUUCCCGCAUUAGUGCACGUUUCGGAUUCAGGGAAUUAACAAUUGAAAGAAGGGACAGAGUGCCUCCAUGCCAGAGGCUUUUGUAAAUAUGUAUGUAGCACGAUAAGAUAGUCUUAUUGUUCUAAUGAUCGACGUCUCUGCCAGUCGGUUGCGCAGCUCUGUAACGCAGUUCCGUUUUACCUCCAAUAUACUUUUAUUAUCAUUUUCCGUGAUCAACUAACAAAGCGGAGAAAAAAGAGUGGGAGGUCAAGAAUGAAAUCAUGUGUUUGUGAUUUUAAUACGUUUAAAGGAUUCAGAAGGAACAUGAAAUGUAGCGUAAUGUAUUUAUCGAGUACUUCGCACGAGUGAUAACGCGGAAUAUUCGACCGUGAUCGCACACGAAAACGUGCAUUCUUUUUUUCGAGCUAGAGUUCUUCCACUAGUUUCGCCCAAAUAGAUUUAUUCGUCGAGACGUUCUACUGAUGGAAUCUGAGCUGUGAUAACUCCCGCGAGACGUCGGCACUUAAUCCACGUUGUUUGUAAACUAAUGUAUUUUAUAAAGUAUAUUAUAUAUACAUAGAGAGAGAGAGAGAAAAAGAAAAAGAAGUAGAAAGACACGAAGAUAUUCCUCGUGACAAUUAUUGGAUAAACAGAGAAAUUUUAAUUAAAUCGCCGAGGGUCGUCAUCGUGUCACGCAGGAUGGUCGCGAAGAAGCAAGGAUAUAUUGCGACCACACUUUAUCCUUUCUGUUCUGGGAUAUUGGUGUGCCAUCCUGUACUAUGUGGAAGAUUAAAAUGAAGAAAACGUAAGAGGGUGAUAGAGUGUGAGAAAAGGGAGAGUGAAUGAAGAAGAGCAAGAAGAUGCGCGUAUGUGUGAGAAAAAGUGCGUAAGGAAUAAGAGGUGAUUUGAUGAAAAAAAGAAAGGAAAGUGUUUAACGCUGUACGAGGGUGGAACUAGCGUAAAGUUGUAACGAAAAUAUAGUAUUAAUUGCCAGAAAGGAGUGCAGAAAAAAGAGAGGCGUCAUAGAGAGACCUAACUAUGGUAAGCCCGCAAUACAAUAUUUACGUAGUUGCGUUUUAAUUCCAUUCAGCGAGGUGAUCGAUGGGAGAGAGCCGUGAACUCCUGCUAUUAUUAUUAUUAUAAUAUUGUCAACGACGAAUGAGAUAAUUGUUAGAACUGAACACCUCUGAUCUCCACUCUACCGCAUCCCUUUUGUUCUCUCUUUUACGAUUUGUCCCCUGUCGCCCAUAACAUAUUUAAUUUUUCUUUUUCUUUUCGUUCCUUUUUUCUGAACCAGAAGACGGAAGAGGAGGAGAUAACAGAAAAAAUAAGUAGAAGGAUUUUAUUGUUUCUUAGUUGAAUUACAUUAGUUGAUAUCACUACACACUACUGUUAAUAAUUAUGGAUUUAUUCGUCUUUAUUGUUGAUUCACCGUUGGGUCAGGUUUUCUUUUCGAUGACUUUUAACGACGGUCGCUACCCCAGUCAUCCUCAUAAAGCUGCCAUAAACGCUUACCGGCUACGCUCUAAUAAAGAAAUCAGAAAACUCGAAA